UCCUAUGACAUUGACACUCCAAGAAUAUUAUCUGGAGAGAAGCAACGUUACAUCGAGGAUACUCUAACUUUUUAGUUUUUGAGACUCAAGAAAAGCCAACCAAGUUCCAAGUGAGAGUUCAGAGCACUAAUCGACUGAUGUUGCCCCCCGGCCCCACUCUCAGUCUGUGUAUACUGUUACUGAAGUUCCGCUUACUGUUACAGUCAGGAGAUAUUGAAGCAAACCCUGGACCAACGCUUACCUCAAUUCUGACUCUCGGUGAUGAUUUGAAUUCUGUUUACAAGAACUUGAUAAAUGCCGCUGGAAACUGGUUCGACCUGGGACUUGAUCUGGGAUUACAUCCUGGCACCCUCCAAAAUAUAAAAGAUGACAAUCACAGGAACAGGGAUUGUCUGCGUGAAAUGAUAGGUGCUCGCUUGAAGACUGGCCCUCCUCUCACCUAUUCUGAUAUAUGUCGGAGUCUUAGAGCAUCAACAGUUCAGCGGAAUGAUGUGGCUACGGCUAUUGAGGAGCUAUGUACAGGUGGUGCUGGACCCACAGAAAGCUUGGGAGCUUCAAUGCGAGAUACAGUGAUAAAAAAUGAAGAUCUGAUUUAUUUGGCUGCUUAUUUUGAUAGUUCUGCACUUCUUGUUGCCGCAAUGUCACUAGAACCUUAUGAAGAAGGUAAUGUAAAGAAAGCAGAAGUCAGUGAAGGCAUACGGGUUGCAGUGCAAGUAUGCUUGAAAUACUGGAAACAAAAGAAACAAAAAGAAGCAACUGUUCAAGCACUUCUAGCUAUUGUCCGCGGUCUGGGAAAAGAGGACACAGCCACCAGAAUUGAAGAAUAUUUUCAAAAAAAAUAGUAUAAGUAUAAAUGUGUAACCAUGAUGUGACUGAACCUAUACAUGUACAUCUAUCUAGUGGCUUAUAAAAUCUAGUGGUUUAUAACUGUACAUCUCUAGUGGCUUAUAAAAAAUGUAUUUUUUCGUUUUGUAUCCCUUUGUAUAAUUAUAUAACAAAUUAUUGCUGAGGCAGCAAA